CUCAAUGGGGUGGGGAGUUGGCCGAAGGACCUGCUUCUGGCCCUCUUCGGUGGCGGCGCUGGCCUGGUCUCCCCGCUGAGGGCUGGCUGAGCUCUCAGUCCGGCACCAUGGGGAAGCGGGACAAUAGAGUGGCCUAUAUGAACCCAAUAGCAAUGGCCAGAUCAAGGGGUCCAAUCCAGUCUUCAGGUCCAACGAUCCAAGAUUACUUGAAUCGACCAAGGCCUACCUGGGAAGAACUGAAAGAACAACUAGAAAAGAAAAAGAAAGGCUCCAAGGCAUUGGCUGAAUUUGAAGAAAAAAUGAAUGAGAACUGGAAGAAAGAACUAGAAAAACACAGGGAGAAAUUGUUAAGUGGAAGUGAGAGCUCAUCCAAAAAAAGACAGAGAAAGAAAAAAGAAAAGAAGAAAUCUGGUAGGUAUUCAUCUUCUUCUUCAUCAAGCUCUGAUUCUUCCAGCAGUUCUUCAGAUUCUGAAGACGAGGAUAAAAGACAAGGAAAAAGGAAAAAGAAAAAAAAGAGUCGUUCACAUAAAUCUUCUGAAGAUUCCAUGUCAGAAACUGAAUCAGACAAUAAGGUAAAAUUGUUUAAACGAGCAAUGUGCUGCCGAAGUGAGCACUCCUCACUCAUUUUAAAGAAGGCCCUUUUAAUGAAAGAACAUGGAUUUCUGUUUCAAAUUGAGUAUAACAUAGAUAAUUUGAAAAAUCUUUUUUCUACUGACAUUAAAGGGCUCAGCAAAAAAAGAAAGAUGUAUCCAGAAGAUAAACCAUUAUCAUCUGAGUCAGAGUCAGAAUCAGAGUAUACUGAGGAGGUACGAGCAAAAAAGAAGAAAAGCAGUGAAGAACGAGAAAAAACAACAGAAAAGACAAAAAAGAAAAAGAAGCAUAAGAAACACAGUAAGAAGAAGAAAAAGAAGGCUGCUAGUUCAAGUCCUGACUCACCAUAACAUUAAGAAGAAUCAGGAUUCACUUAUAAAGAAAGUGCAAUGUCUAAGGAAAUUUCAACUGUGAAAAUUAUGACAUAUUUACUAAAAUGCAUGAAUUUUCUUGUUUUUAAAUUAUUCCUGGACUAUCAGUAGCCACUCAGAUGCCACUGUGUGAAAGGGCCAUAAUUGUUGCCUGCUGCUUGAACAUCUAUUUUUUUUCCCUCUUCCAGUAACUCUGGGAGGUAAUACACUGCAGUCAUACUAGUGGUUUAAGAUAUUUGGGAAUAAAGUUAAUAUUUUGACUAGAAGUAUCUAAUGAUAAAUCAACAAAAACUGAAUCUGUAUACAUCAUUAAGAUGUAAUCAGAAAUGACCAGAUGACUCUAGUUAACUUUUUUUGAAGUAGGGAUUAUGUUGAUAUUUCAAAAUCCUUACUCUUGUAGAUAAGUGUAUUUUAAAUUUUCCCCCUUUUUAUUUACCUGGGGAAGGAGCUUUUAGGGGUGGGGGUGGUUUGCUAUCACUUUAGCUAGCAGAAUAGCGUGCCUUUAUCCUCACACGUCUUAUUUUUGUGGACACAGCAGCCAUGCCUCGUGGGGAGGUCAGAGCCAGGUAUGGCGGCCCUGCCCUUCAUUGAGCUCAGUCACCUCGGACUCUGCCCCGUGCUGCUUUGAGCGAACCAGAGGAAUAGCCUUUUGCAGCAUGAGAAUGCCCCAGAAGCUCUGGGGUUUACCUCCACUUCGAUAAUACUGAAUGUUUUUUAGCGUUAGAAUGUGUUAUAACAUUUGAACUAAUUUUGACUACACUUUGGCUUUGAAAAGGAAUCAUUUCAGAUAGACACUGGUACUUUUUGAACUUGAUAGCUAAAGAUUCUGAAAUGCAUGUUUUAUACUGUUAAGUUUUAACCAGUCAGGAAAAUUUUAUGUAACCAGUGAUAGUUCUUUUAUUUUUUGUAUGAAUUUUGUUUAGGCUGUAAUGUUUAGCUUUUUAUUAACUCCUUAUUCUUGCUAUCUUAAAUUCCUUACUGUGUUUAACAGCAUACUUGCCAAGCUAUUUAGCAUGUAAAAAGCAGGUUUUUGAUUUUUUUUUUUUUUUUUUUUAAACAGCUUCAUAUUGAAGCUGAGACUUACCAUAAAUAAGUUGAGUGGCAGGCCUGGUAUGCUGUGUCUUGUUACAUAAAACUAUUGCCAGAAUCUUAGUAAAUAUAACGUUUUAAAAGUUUGUCUUUGUACAUUCACAACAAAUUAUGAUGAGUUAAAUUUAAGUGAGAAUUACAUUAUUGCUUUUCCUGUGUCAUAUUUUACUAAGAUUUUGUGCCUCAUAUCUCCUGCUGAACUGUUUACUAGUAAUGUUAAAGAGAAUUGAUAAAUCAUUUUCACUUUACAUUUUUAUAUAAUCAGGUAACAUGAAAUAUAAUUUGAUGUACAAUUUUGCCUGUUACAGAGGGUGUGCUAAUUAUAGUGGCAUAUGCACAAAACAUUUUGGCAUGACAAGAAGCUGAAUAAAUAGCUAUUUUAUGUAAAAA